AUGUCGAAUCCACAAGAUAUUGCUGGCUCAUUCCAGAGAGCUAUGUCUCUUUCAGAAUCUGGCUCUCCACAUGCCGUUUCGACCUCUCCCACUCAGUCCUACUUGAGUCAGGUUGGAGGCAUCUACCUGAAGCCAACCAAAGCCUUGAAACCAUUUUCCACUGGUGACAUCAAGAUCUUGUUGUUGGAGAAUGUCAAUUCUACUGCCAUCAACAUCUUCAAGAACCAGGGUUACCAGGUUGAGUUCUACAAGACCUCCUUGCCAGAGGAUGAGUUGAUCGAAAAGAUUAAGGAUGUGCAUGCCAUUGGUAUCAGAUCGAAGACCAAGUUGACCAGCAACAUCCUUCAACAUGCCAAGAACUUGGUUACUAUCGGAUGUUUCUGUAUCGGUACCAACCAGGUUGACUUGGAAUACGCUGGUAAGGCUGGUAUUGCUGUUUUCAACUCUCCAUUCUCCAACUCCAGAUCUGUCGCUGAGUUGGUCAUUGCUGAGAUCAUCACCUUGGCCAGACAAUUGGGUGACCGUUCGAUCGAGAUGCACACUGGUACUUGGAACAAGGUUUCUGCUAAGUGUUGGGAAAUCAGAGGUAAGACUUUGGGUAUUGUGGGUUAUGGUCACAUUGGUUCUCAAUUGUCUGUUUUGGCUGAAUCCAUGGGUAUGAACGUUAUCUACUACGAUGUCACUAUGAUCAUGGCCUUGGGUAACUCUAAGCAGGUCGAAACUUUGGACGACUUGUUGCAGAGAGCUGACUUCGUGACCUUGCAUGUUCCUGCAACUGCUGAGACCAAGAACUUGUUGUCUACUCCUCAGUUCGCUGCAAUGAAGGAUGGCGCUUACGUCAUCAACGCUUCCAGAGGUACUGUCAUUGACAUUCCAGCUUUGAUUGAGGCCAUGAAGGCUGGUAAGAUCGCUGGUGCCGCUUUGGACGUCUACCCACACGAGCCAGCCAAGAAUGGUGAAGGAUUGUUCUCUAACCAGUUGAACAACUUCGCCGAAGAGUUGUGCUCCUUGAGAAACGUCAUUUUGACUCCUCACAUUGGUGGCUCUACCGAAGAGGCCCAGUCUGCUAUUGGUGUCGAGGUUGCUACUUCCUUGACAAAGUACAUUAACGAAGGUAACUCCAUUGGUGCAGUGAACUUCCCAGAGGUGUCCUUGAGAGACCUUGAUUUGGACCAGGAGAACAGUGUCAGAGUCUUGUACAUUCACCAGAACGUUCCAGGUGUUUUGAAGACCGUCAACAACAUUUUGUCCAACCACAAUAUCGAAAAGCAAUUCACUGACUCCAGAGGUGAUGUCGCUUACUUGAUGGCUGAUAUUUCCGAGGUCGACCAAACGGAUAUCAAGUCCUUGUACGAACAGCUAGAGCAGACCCCAUACAAGAUUGCUACUCGUUUGUUGUACUAA